AUGGCCUCUGCCACUGCAGCUGUUGUCAGUACUUGUUCACCCUCUCCGUUAAGAGAGUUACCCUGGUAUCGCAAUUACAUGUUAGCAAGUAACCUGUCGACACCACCUCUACAAUCGCUAGUCAUCGGGGGAACAACGGUACUAUGUGUAAAAAUUCCGUCUCCGCGUGGCGAUAUCAGUAUAUAUAGAAGAUUGGAUACCGAUUUUGUAAACGCUACGCAUAUGUUUAGGGCGGCAUAUCCGACUGCUGGAGAGGCACUAGAGAAGAGAGAAAUGAUGUGGCUAGACUCUAUGACUAGUACAACUGUAGAGCUUGAAGGCAAUGUUGGCUAUAUGGCCGGGACUUGGGUAUCACUUGCUUAUGCAAAACGUCUUGCCAAAGAUUACGGAAUCGAGCGACAUACAGCUUUACUAUUCUCUUUCUCUAACCCUGUUGAACGUAGAAAGGCACGAAAAGUUACGUUCGCCGAGAUUCAAAAACCCGAAUAUCCACAACCGAGCGCUUCAGAAUCACGAGGAGACAUUGACAUACUUUCCGCUAAUCUUAACGAACUCAAGGUUGCCAACCUCAACGAACUCAAAGUCAAUUUUGGAGAACUCACCACAGUCGAAGAAGUCCGACAGGAAACAGUAACGAGUCCAACAGAAGAAACAAAAGGAGCAACCGAAGACGAUGCAAUGUCGGUCGAUUACGAACCGCUUGACAAAAAAGAAGAUGAAACUAAUCAAUCUCCACCUCUAAAAAACACAACGGAAAUACCAGAGAAUAAUAAUGUGCAAAAUGAUGAAAAAUCUGCCGAGUCUGUAAACAAAGAGAAUACGGACACGACGGAAAUGACGGAAAUGACGGAGGAGGCGCCGUCAAAGGAAAUAUCAUCUGAUGUACGUGAUAAGGAACAUGUUUCUGGUUUAAAACGACGCUGUGAGGAGCUCGAGCGCGAUCUAACCGCCGAACGAAGAAAAGUACGUGUUUUGGCUUUAACGGCCGUCGGAUUUGCAACAACGACUGUUAUACCGUUCCUGUUGGGAUGA